AUGCCCCGCCAGCUCACGCCCGAGCAGGUGUUGACGCCCGUACCGUCUGACAUUGCCAUCAGCGACGCCACAGUGCCCGUCCCCAUCAUGGAAAUCGCGCAGGCAGCUGGAAUCCUGUCAAGCGAAGUUAUACCGUACGGAUGGACCAAGGCCAAGGUCUCACUAGCUGUACGCGAUCGCCUCAAGGACGAAGUGAAUGGCAACUACGUUGUGGUUACGGGCAUCACGCCAACCCCUUUGGGCGAAGGCAAGAGCACUACUACGAUCGGACUGUGCCAAGCGCUGGGUGCUCACUUGGACAAAAAAGCGUUUGCUUGCAUCCGUCAGCCGUCGCAAGGCCCGACGUUCGGUGUCAAAGGUGGUGCUGCUGGUGGAGGCUAUGCGCAGGUGAUUCCCAUGGAUGAAUUCAAUCUUCACUUGACGGGAGAUAUUCACGCUAUCACUGCAGCUAACAACCUGCUCGCUGCUGCUAUCGACACGAGGAUGUUUCACGAAAAGGCCCAAUCGGACAAGGCGAUGUUCCGUCGCUUGUGCCCUGCAGCCAAGGACGGAAGUCGCAAAUUUUCACCUGUUAUGCUGCAACGUCUGCAAAAACUAGGAAUUACGAAGUUGGUGCCAGACGACCUCACGGAUGAAGAGAUCCACAAUUUUGUGCGUUUGGAUAUCGAUCCAGACACGAUCACGUGGCAGCGCGUUUUGGACACAUGCGAUCGCUUCCUCCGUCAGGUGAUUGUGGGGGCUGGGCCCGCUGAAAAAGGGCAGACCCGCACGACGGGCUUUGACAUCACGGUCGCUAGCGAGAUUAUGGCGAUUCUCGCUCUCACUACGAGUCUGCAAGAUAUGCGUGAACGCCUCGGACGCAUUGUGAUUGGCAUGAGUCGCAGUGGCGAGCCUGUGACGGCUGACGACUUGGGCGUCGGUGGCGCUUUGGCAGUGCUUAUGAAGGACGCUAUUCUGCCCACUCUCAUGCAAACGGUGGAAGCGACACCUGUGUUUGUCCAUGCUGGGCCGUUUGCGAACAUCGCUCAUGGUAACUCGUCCAUCAUUGCUGAUCAAAUAGCGCUAAAAUUAGCGGGCGAGGACGGCUUUGUAGUCACUGAGUGUGGAUUUGGUGCUGACAUUGGAAUGGAAAAAUUCUUCAAUAUCAAGUGCCGCACCAGUGGACUGACCCCGCAGUGCGUGGUGCUCGUUUCCACAAUUCGUGCACUUAAAAUGCACGGUGGCGGUCCUGAUGUAGUUGCUGGUAGACCGCUUGACCCUGUGUAUGUCGAGGAGAACCUGGAAAUGCUCGACCGUGGCUGUGCCAACAUGCGGCAUCACAUUCACAACGCACUGAAGUUUGGCGUAUCUGUCGUUGUGGCCGUGAACGUGUUCGCCACGGACUCACCUCGUGAGAUAGAGCUUGUGAAGCAAAAGGCACUGGAGGCUGGUGCCACCGCAGCCGUCGAGAGUACCCACUGGUCCGACGGAGGCAGAGGAGCAAAGCAUUUGGGCCGCGCUGUCGUUACAGCGUGCGAGAAGAUGCGUGCACACGGCAGUCCAUUCAAGUUCCUCUAUCCGUUGGAGUUUUCGAUCGAGGAGAAGUUCAAAGUCAUCUGCAAGGAGAUUUACGGUGCCGAUGAUGUCGAGUUCAGCGAGGAAGCGAAGAAGAAACUGGCGGUCUACUCGAAACGAGGUUACGGCAAGCUGCCCGUGUGCUGUGCGAAGACGCACCUGAGCUUAAGCACGGAUCCCACCAAGAAGGGCGUGCCCACAGGCUUCUCGGUCACAGCGCGCGACAUCCGCGCCUCGGUAGGCGCUGGCUUCGUCUACCUGCUGUGCGGAGACAUGACGACAGUGCCUGGUUUACCUACGCGUCCAGGUUUCUACGAUGUCGAUCUGGACACCGAGACGGGCAAGGUUAUUGGCCUGUUCUGA